AUGGAUCAAUACGACUACAUCAUCAUUGGCGCUGGAAUUGGCGGCCUUGUUCUGGCCAACCGACUGAGUGAAGAUGCCUCCGUCAAUGUCCUCCUUAUUGAAGCUGGCGCCAAUCGGAUGGGCGAUCCCCGGAUAGAUACCCCUGGAUUUUUGGGCACGAUGUACGGAAACCCGGACUUUGACUGGGACUACAUGAGUCAGCCCCGCGGUCGUGUAGUGGGCGGCUCUUCCGCUUUGAAUUUCUCCGCCGUUGUGUAUCCGACAGCCUCCAACUUUGACGCAUGGAAGGCACUAGGCAACCCGGGGUGGGGUGCGGAAGAUAUGGCUCCUUAUCUCCGAAAGUUCCACUCCUACACUGCACCCAGCGACGCUACAGCAGAACUGCUCGGGACAGCUCGGUACAUGAACGUUGACAAGCAAGGGCGUGAUGGUCCUGUCCCCGUUUCCCUGCCAGAUGUGUAUGGGUCUUUUAACAAGGCCUGGGAUGAGACAUUUGCGCAGCUGGGCUGGCAAACGGAUGCUGAUCCUAUCGAGGGCCGGAAACUGGGGGCUUUCACUUGCCCCCUGAGUGUUGAUGCGCAGACAGGGAAAAGGGGAUAUGCUGCGGCGUACUAUUCGCCGGAGGUUGCGGCGCGGCCAAACCUUCGAUUGAUCGCGGAGACAAUGGUUGAGCGAAUUAUCCUCAACCAAGAAGACGGAGACAUCAUCGCAAAGGGUGUCCAGGUCAAGUCUCAGGACGGCACAUACGAAAUCACCGCGAAAAAGGAAGUAAUUCUCUGCGGAGGCAGUCUGAACUCUCCUCAAGUGCUUGAGCUUUCUGGCAUCGGUAGAGCAAAUCUUCUUGCAGCUCAUGGAAUUCCAGUUGUCGUUGACAACCCCGCCGUAGGCGAGAACCUACAAGACCACGGUAUCACCUGCAUCAACCUCGAGAUCGCCGAUGGCCAGGUCUCGGGCGACAUUCUGCGCGAUCCCAAUGUCGUCCAGGCGCUUAUCAAACUCUACGAGGAGACGCAUGGAGGCCCGCUAUCGGGUAUGCCCCUCAGCAUGGCCUAUCUUCCUUUGAUGGAUGGAAAAGGCGCUGUACCGAAAGAAGAGAUUGAGAAACUACUCUCCACACACCUCGACAAUGAUAAUAUCCCCGCCAAUCUACAGGCGCAGUACAGCCACCUCCGCAAGAUUCUUCUUGACAGUGAAGACGCCUCUUCCCACUACCUCUUCCUUCCUGCACAACUUCACAUGAACCCAGGCAAGACGCCUAUCACUGAUGUCUUGGCCAAGACCCUCCCGGAGAACUACAUUUCCAUCAUGAUGCUGCAUAACCACCCCUUCUCACGGGGUUCUGUUCAUAUUGCCUCUGCAAACAGCGAGGAUAAGCCCAUCUACGAUCCCAAUCUUCUCUCCAACCCUCUCGAUCUAGAAAUCAUGGCAAGGCAGCUGCAGUUCGCGGAGCGCAUUGCUGAAAGUGAACCAUUUGCCAGUCUCCUCAAGCCUGGCCACCGGGUCCCUGAAAGUACGAAGGAUUUAAGUGACCUGGACCACGCGAAGGAAGUCGUCAAAGAUCGCCUGUACACGUGUUUCCAUCCCGCUGGAUCCUGUGCUAUGUUGCCCCAAGAGAUUGGUGGAGUUGUUGACUCUAAGCUGAAGGUUUACGGCACAAAGAACUUGCGAGUUGUCGAUGCGAGCAUUUUCCCUCUUGAGCCGACUGGAAAUAUCCAGUCAACUGUGUAUGCGGUUGCGGAGCGGGCGGCUGAUUUGAUCAGAGGUACACAUUAG